AUGAGUGAUUCGCUUCAAGACUAUUUUUCGAAUCUGAUUGGAUGCGGUGGUAUGAGCAUUGUAUCGGACAAUGCUCGUUCGAGCUUUACGAACAAUAACAACGGCAGUGGUCAGUUUGAUUGGUUUCAAGAUUGUUGUUCGAUGGAUACCACCAGCAGCUUCACUUUGGACACGACCACGCCCUAUUUUGGAUUUUCUAGAUGGGAGAGUGAGCCUCAGGAUGUUGUCAAACGAGAUUCCGCCGUCAAACGACCCCGACGAAGACCACUAGGAGAAGGCAGCGACAAUCCAGGAGACGAAAAUGCUCAAGAAGACUACACUGCCAUUUUUCUACCCACCGAAUAUGCCUUGGAUGGAGCAGACUUUGAUCGUAAUAAUAAGCAUCGCUUGCCCAUGCGGGAAACCACCAACAGCACCAACAAUGUAACCACGACAAAUCAGACCACCUCAGCCGCAAUGAGUCCCAAUCAGCAAUAUGGGCAGUAG